AUGGCUACAAUCAGUCUGGGGGUGCUGGACAACAUCUCUGAUGUCGCGACCGGUCCAUCUUCAUACCAACAACAGCAGAACGUUCUGCUACAGGGGACUGUAGCCAGAGCCUUUGGUGCCUUUACACAAUAUGAGUUAAUCUGGGAGCGACACAACCUGACCAAACAGUGGUCAUGACGGAUGGAGUUGAGUUGCGCCCUGCACUGGUUGCCCGCUAGAGGAUAAUUUGCCUGGGUGUAAGAACCCUGAUAAAGGCUUAGGAACGUCCCAAACCUUCGUCAAAUCUUAUGAGUAUCUCCUCAUCGAAAGCAAAAACCGUGGGAUCCCGAGGCAAUUCCGGGAAAGAACCGCUUGAUUGGGUCG